AGAAAACAUGAACUCGCGUAGCCAUAAACACAUUUUAACUCGCAUUAAUUUCGAGCGCGUUACAGUUUGUACGUAUGCCCCCCUAGUUUGAUACAGUACGUGUGAGUCACUUCGCUUUAAGCGCAAAAGUGCUGCCGGUUGUGCGCGGCCUCGACGGACAGUGAGCGCGUGCCCAACAUCCGUGUCGCCGCGACCAAAGUUUACUUUUUUGAAAGUUACGCUGACCGAAGCGGCACUUACUGCACGAGCGAAACAAAAAGUCACCGUAAGGGUUUGGUAGAAGCCCGGUUUAUUGUUAAAAUGGCUGAAGGAAAUUCAAAGACGGAAAAAAUAUCCCCCGUGAAAAAUUUUUUUGCAGGAGGAUUUGGCGGAGCGUGUCUUCUUUUAGCUGGCCACCCUCUGGAUACUAUUAAGGUUCGACUACAAACCCAGUCUAGAAGUACUGUGCUUUAUUUGGGAACGUUGGAUUGUUUGAAGAAGACAGUGGCCAAAGAGGGGGUGCUGGGGCUCUACAAAGGCAUGGGGGCUCCUCUUGCAGGUGUCUCGCCAAUGAUGGCAAUUGGUUUUUUUGGCUUUGGUUUGGGCAAGCGUCUUCAGCAGAAUGAGGCUGGCCAUCCCCUAAUGUAUCCACAAGUUUUUGCAGCUGGCAUGCUGGCUGGAUUAUUUACCACCGUCAUUGUGGCACCUGGAGAAAGAAUCAAGUGCUUGUUACAGAUACAGGCAAACUCUGGACUGGUGAAAUACUCUGGGCCUGUGGACUGUGCCGUGCAGCUCUACAGAGAGCGAGGAAUCCGGAGUGUCUUUAAAGGAACUGGGCUGACCCUCAUGAGAGAUAUUCCUUCUUCGGGCGUUUACUUCAUGAGUUAUGAGUGGCUAAAAAAUACAUUAACACCAAAAGGUCAAAGCCAUACUGAUCUGAGCAUCCCCAGGGUCCUGUUUGCUGGGGGGGUAGCAGGGAUCCUUAACUGGGCAGUGGCAAUACCAGUUGAUGUGCUGAAAUCCAUCUUCCAGACAGCCCCUGAUGGCAAAUACUCAGGCUUUCGAGAUGUAUUUCGAGAGCUUGUCAAAGAAGAAGGCAUCACUUCACUGUACAAGGGCUUUACUCCCGUGAUGUUACGAGCAUUCCCAGCAAAUGCGGCCUGCUUCCUUGGAUUUGAGCUCUCCCUGAAAUUCCUAAACUGGUUACUCCCGGACAUUUAAGCACAAAUGCCAUUCUAUAGAAGAAACAAUCAUGUGAGAAAAAAGGAUACUAAAGAAUGUUUUUGAAGUGUCUAUGGCCAAAGUAAUGGUCCUAGACACAGCAUCAUUUUAACUUUCUAUAUACCCGUAUAAAAGAGACAGUCAAUUCCUAAAUUACAACUGUGAUGUCUACACUGGAACAGCUGAUUAACUACAGACUAUGUUAGAAUUCCUCUCUUUUUGUAGCUGUUCAGCUCAACAGAAUGUAUGACUCUUUUUAAAAUUGUUUUAAACAUAUACCUCCAAUACCAAUAUAUGACUGUCCCUGUAUUGGGUUCUCAUACUGUUGAAUGAAAGAAAAGGAACUGGUCUUGAAGAUGAUGCCUGCCUACAGCAGCAUACGCUCAUGUUUACACGCACACUAUGGGAAAGUUUACAGUCUGCAGUUAGGCUGACAAAUGUAUUGUUGGAUCAUGGGAAGAAACAAAUGUCCAUUGAGGAUAUGGAUACAGAACAGACACAGAAGGCACACGAUCUGAGAAUAAAACCAAGAUCCAAAUACUUAUGUGGUAACACUAUGCAACCAGCGCUAUAAAUAUUCAAACUGUACCUUUUAUAUUCUCUUUUAUAAUAAAUGCACAUGGGCAUUGCUGAAAUUUCAUAGUAGAAUUAAUGAUUUGCAUUUUAGUGUAAUUUAAAACAAUAAUUGUUCAAACAAUAAUUGUUCUGCACCGUAUAUACUUGAAUAUAACAAUUUCUAAACAACUACUUUGUGAAGAGUAUUUCACUAUUUAUGUAACAGGUGAAGUUUUCUCUUAUUUUUAUGUCCAAUUUGUAUCAGUUUAAUGCCAUCAUAACUUUAUAAACUUGUGAAGUGUUUAUGAUACAUGAUAUUUUAUUCAGUCUUGAUGAUUUACUUUGCAGUAUUAACAGACGUUUUCUUACUGUACCGAUGUAAGGUCAAAGGGAGUUCCAGUCCAUCCUAGCUGCAAGGCAUGCAAAACAUAAAGAAAUCCUAGAGGGGUCUACAUAACACCAUUGUGCACCAGUUUAGUUAAAAACACAGACACAUUAGGGAUGCCUAGGGAAGUCAUUACUUGCCUACUAAUGUCUUUGUCCUUUUGGAGAACAUACAAACAGAUCACAUACCAUCAUUGGCACACUUGGUGUAAAAAGUAAGUAGAAUUAAUACAGUACUUCAGGCUUGGGUUUAGAAAUAAGAAAAUGCUUCAUUACUUGGCUGAAUGGGUUUCCCUUUUGUUAAAAAUCCAUGGACAUUUUGUCAUUUACUAGUUUUGCAACAAUAAAUAUUAACCAUUUUAUUAAUUAAAUGAUUCACAGAAAAACAUCAUUAACCAUUUUAUUAAUUAAAUGAUUCACAGAAAAACAUCAGUUAUGACAGUAAAUUUACUGAGUUUUUUAAAUACAUAUUUUAAUAUUUGUAAUAAAGUUUGUGCUAAAUAGCCAUCACAAUUUAUUUUCCUGCCUGAACAACAGUGCUUACAGCGUUUCUGCAGAGGGGACAAGUAAGCGACCUAACCAGCUGUUACACCCACCCAUCAGCUUUUAAUUCACCAACCUUGGAAGAGUUCAUCCCUGCUUAAUUGCAUUAUUGUAACAUAGAUUAGUUUUUUUUGUUAGCACUUGCUCCCUGGGGAAAUGCUGUCACUGCAAAAUAAAGGGCUCGCAUAUGAAACACUGCACAUUUUAAAGACAUUUUUAAUCUUCAGUAGAUUAUAUUUCUAUGUAAAAUGCAUCAAAUCAACUUUCUGAAGAGACUUUGGUUUCCUUUGUGAUUCAGCUGUUUGUACAUUUAUUUAUUUAAUAACAGAAUCAGUAUGUAAUUUAAAGCCUUCCAACUUACCAUCCACUUUCCCUUUCUCAUCUGCUAAAUUAAACCAUACUUUUUCUAAAUAUGGCUCUCUGAUUUCAUUUGCCCUCAAGAAUGAGCUGAUGGACACCUAGGUUUAGGUCCAGUUUGAUACUCCCAGAGUUUUUUUUAUUUACAAUGAGUCCCUAAGGACUGUAAUAUUUCUUUUCCCACAUGAGGACAUGUUAGUCUAAGCACACUGCACACUAAGUGACAUUUUAGAUGACUGGAGAUUUCUUUCAUUCCACCCAUUACAUUCAAAAUUUUCUAUCCUUUCAACUUCAUUCUGCUUUACCUUCAACUUCGAUUAGACCUGAGGACAUGUAUGUAUGAAAUAUUUUGUUUCAUUAUAUCUACUAAGAACCCAGUUUCUACACUUUAUCCUACUCUCACUAAAGCUUCCUACCUCAAUCUCUUCUGUUUGCAAUAUCUGGCCCUGUGACCUUCCCUGUGCUUCUGCAUUGGCCUGAAAAAAAAAUAUUUCUGUGGUCUCCAAAAAAAUCUAACCACCAACACAUUUAAUUCAAAUUGGUGCACUAUCUAUAUCUUACCCAACAAAAGCAUUUUGACAUAAUAUUUUACAUAACCUCUUAAUCCAUCCAUCCAUUAUCCAUCCCGCUAUAUCCUAACUACAGGGUCACGGGGGUCUGCUGGAGCCAAUCCCAGCCAACACAGGGCGCAAGGCAGGAAACAAACCCUGGGCAGGGUGCCAGCCGACCGCAGGGCGUGCACACACUAAGGACAAUUUAGAAUCACCAAUACACCUAACCUGCAUGUCUUUGGACUGUGGGAGGAAACCAGAGCACCUGGAGGAAACCCACGCAGACACAGGGAAAACAUACAAACUCCACACAGGGAGGACCUGGGAAGCGAACCCAGGUCUCCUAACUGCAGGCAGCAGCGCUACCCACUGUGCCACCAUGCUGA